AGCGUGGUCUGGAAACUUUUAUCAUUCUGCGAACACCGUCUUUACCUUGUUCGAUUUCUCACUCUGAAAAUUUAAUUUCCACAGUUCUUGAAAGCUCUCGCGGUUUCUGAUAAAAAUCGCGGAAUGAAAUAGCGAUUUUCGACUACUCUUCUCGAAGAUGUUGGAGGAUCAGGUGGCGAACCUCUUGCAGAAGUACCUCGGCAACUACGUGAGGGGGCUCAACAAGGAGGCCCUCAAGAUCAGCGUGUGGAAAGGUGAUGUCGAGCUAAAAAAUAUGCAGUUGAAGCCAGAGGCACUCAACGCAUUAAAAUUGCCGGUGAAGGUUAAGGCAGGAUUUCUUGGAUCAGUGAAACUUAAGGUUCCAUGGAGCAGGCUUGGCCAGGAUCCAGUUUUAGUUUCUUUAGAUCGCAUUUUUCUAUUAGCUGAACCCGAAACCCAAGUUGAAGGAUUUAGUGAGGAUGCUGUGCAGGAAGCUAAGAAGAAUCGAGUGCGGGAAAUGGAAAUGAAGCUGUUGGAGAGGACGCAGCAACUAAAGUCAGAAAUGAAUACAUCAUGGUUGGGAUCCCUGAUCAGCACAAUAAUUGGAAAUUUGAAACUUUCAAUUUCAAAUAUUCACAUCAGAUAUGAGGAUCUUGAGAGCAAUCCUGGCCAUCCGUUUGCAGCAGGCAUAACCUUGGAAAGACUUUCAGCUAUGACAGUUGAUGAAAAUGGAAAGGAAACCUUUGUCACGGGGGGUGCUCUAGACCGUAUUCAGAAGUCCGUUCAACUUGAUCGGCUUGCACUUUAUCUGGAUUCUGAUAUUUCUCCAUGGCAUGUUAACAAGCCAUGGGAGGAUUUGCUUCCAUCAGAGUGGGUCCAGGUUUUUAGAUUUGGCACUAAAUAUGGUAAACCAGCAGAUGGAUUAAUAAAAAAGCACAUUUACAUACUGGAACCUGUGUCUGGAAAUGCCAAGUACUCAAAACUACGGCCAAAUGAAUUUGCUGACAGUGGCCAGCCUUUACACAAAGCAGCAGUUAAUUUGGAUGAUGUGACUCUCUGUUUGCCAAAGGAUGGAUACAGGGAUGCACUAAAGUUAGCUGAUAAUUUUGCUGCAUUUAAUCAGCGCUUGAAGUAUGCUCAUUAUCGUCCACAUGUCUCUGUGAAAUCUGAUCCUAGGUCUUGGUGGAAGUAUGCUUAUAGAGUCGUUUCUGACCAAAUGAAGAAGGCAAGUGGGAGAUUGUCAUGGGAUCAAGUUCUGAAGUACGCAAGCUUACGUAAAAGAUAUAUCUCGCUAUAUGUUUCACUGCUUAAAUCUGAUCCUAGUCGGGCAGUAGUUGAUGACAACCAAGACAUCGAGGAGCUAGAUCAUGGACUUGAUAUUGAACUCAUACUACAGUGGAGGAUGUUGGCUCACAAGUUUGUGGAGCAGUCAUUAGAGUCAGACCUUGACUUGAGGAAACAGAAAGCAAAGAAAUCUUGGUGGUCAAUGGGAUGGGGCAGUCAGUCUCAGAUAGAUGAGAGUGAGCCAUUUAGUUUCAGCGAGGAAGACUGGAAGCAGUUAAAUAACAUCAUUGGGUAUAAGGAAAGUGAUGAUAGUCUGUCAGUUGUAAUUAAUGACAAGGCGGAUGCUCUUCAGACUUCCUUGAGCAUUUGUAUGAAACAUAAUGCUACUAAGCUUAUUGAUGAGUCCCAGGAGUGUCUUGCUGAAUUAUCAUGUGAAGGCCUGGAUUGCUUUAUAAAGCUUUAUCCAGAGACAAAAGUUUUCAGCAUAAAAUUGGGAUCAUAUAAGUUAUCAACACCGAAUGGUCUCCUUGCUGAGAGUGCAAGUGCGCAUGAUUCUUUAGUUGGUACAUUCUGUUUUAAGCCUUUUGACGCAAAUGUGGACUGGAGCUUGGUUGCUAAAGCUUCUCCUUGUUACGUGACUUAUCUAAAGGACGUAAUCGGUCAAAUUAUAAAAUUCUUCCGAAGUAAUACAGCUGUUAGUCAGACGAUAGCAUUGGAAACCGCAGCUGCAGUGCAGAUGACAAUCAAUGGAGUCAAGCGCACAGCUCAGGAACAAGUGAACAGAGCAUUGAAAGACCAUUCCAGGUUUUUGCUGGACUUGGAUAUUGCGGCUCCAAAGAUUACAAUUCCUACUGAUUUUUGUCCCGACAACACACAUCCAACAAAACUCAUGCUUGACUUGGGAAAUUUGGUUAUUGGAACCAAGGAUGACUAUGGAGGUGGAUCCCCGGAGGAGCUGGAUCUGUAUCUGCAGUUUAAUUUGGUUUUAAGAGAUGUAUCUGCUUUUCUGGUUGAUGGUGACUACUGUUGGAGCCAAUCUCCUUCAAACAAUUCUGCUGGUUGUGCCAAAUUAAAUGGUGUUAGUUUGUUUCCUUUAUUCGAUAAAUGUGGGGUAACGGUAAAGCUUCAACAGAUUAGAUUAGAGAGCCCAUCCUAUCCUUCAACAAGAGUCGCUGUACGGCUACCAUCAUUAGGGUUUCACUUCUCUCCAGCUCGGUACCAUCGAUUGAUGCAAAUUGCUAAGAUUUUUGAAGAGGAUAAUGAGGACUUGGAUCUCCUUUGCGCUUGGAAUGAGCCUGACUUCGAGGGGUGGUUGUCUAUUCUUGCUUGGAAGGGUCUCGGGAAUAGGGAAGCGGUGUGGCAGCGGCGCUACCUAUGCUUAGUUGGGCCUUACCUAUAUGUACUUGAGAACCCUAGCUCUAAAUCGUACAAACAGUGUAUCAGCUUAAGUGGAAAACACAUAUAUCAAGUUCCCCCAGAGUCUGUUGGUGGUGCUGAUCUUGUGUUGGUUGUCUGUGAUGCUGCACGAGCAAAUAGCAAGAUUGUGGAGGAUGCAAAUGCACUAAUAGUGCAAUGUGAUUCUGAUGAUUCAAAGAAAAUUUGGCAAAGCCGGUUGAAGGGGGCUGUCUAUCGUGCAUCGGGUUCUGCUCCUGUAACUAGUCUAUCUGAAACUUCAUCUGAGUCCGAGGAUUCUAUAGUGGAGCUUAAUGACAAAGAUGAUGUGGUUGAUUUGUUGAAAAUGGAGAGAACAUUUAUUACUGGUGUUCUUGAUGAACUAAAGGUCUGCUUCAGUUAUAGUUACCAGCCCGACCAGAAUUUUAUGAAAGUGCUCCUAACUGAAGAAAGGCGUUUAUUUGAAUUUCGAGCAAUAGGUGGCCAGGUUGAGGUAUCGGUUAGAUCAAGUGACAUGUUCGUUGGAACUGUUUUAAAAUCUUUGGAGAUUGAAGACUUAGUUUCUGGCAAUAGCAUGUCUCAGCCUUGCUAUCUGGCAAGAUCGUUCAUCCGUAAUGCAGAAACACGUUUAACCUUUGGUGCCACAGAGAAUCAGAGUUUUGAUGGCAGUGAACUAACCCCGACUGAAGGAGAUGAAUUCUACGAGGCACCAGAAAAUUUGGUUGACCCUGAAAGCUUAUUGUUGAAAUCCCCUCGUUUUACUCGUAUUCCUGGUCUACUCCCGGGUAAUGGACUUGAAGAAAGUGAGGAGAACAUUGAACUCAAUGGUUCAUUGGAUAGUUUUGUGAAAGCUCAAAUAGUUAGAUAUGACCAAAGCUCUCCUCUAUACCAUAAUAUAGACAUGCAGGUCUCUGUCACCCUGACUACCCUAUCAUUUUUCUGUCGGCGACCAACAAUUCUUGCUGUCAUGGAAUUUGUUAAUUCUAUUAACAUUAAGGAUGAAAGCUGUGAAUCUUUCAGUGACAGUUCUUCAGCAGCUAUUGUGAAACCGGAACUCUCCAGAGAUGAUGCAGUUGGUAGUCCACGAUCAGUGACAAUCAAUGAGCCUUCAAUUAAAGGAUUGCUGGGAAAGGGAAAGUCCAGAGUGGUUUUUAAUAUAACAUUAAAUAUGGCUCGUGCUCAGAUUAUAUUAAUGAAUGAAGAUGAAACCAAACUUGCUACUUUGUCACAAGAUAAUUUGGUUACCGAUAUUAAGGUGUUCCCAUCCUCUUUUAGCAUUAAGGCAGCCCUUGGAAAUCUUAAAAUAAGUGAUGAGAGUCUUCCUAGUAGCCAUUUGUACUUCUGGGCAUGUGAUAUGAGAAAUCCAGGUGGCAGUUCAUUUGUUGAGUUGGUUUUUACUUCAUUCAGCAUUGAUGAUGAAGACUACGAAGGCUAUGAGUAUAGCCUUUAUGGGCAGCUUUCAGAAGUACGCAUUGUUUAUUUGAAUCGAUUUAUCCAGGAGGUGGCUAGUUACUUUGUGGGUCUUGUUCCCAACAAUUCAAAAGGUGUCGUCAAGGUAAAAGAUCAAGUAACAAAUUCAGAAAAGAUGUUUACAACUAGUGACUUCGAAGGAUCACCUGCCCUAAAGUUGGAUGUCUCUCUUAGGAAGCCUAUUAUUUUGAUGCCUCGGCGAACUGACAGUCUUGACUACUUGAAGCUUGAUAUUGUUCAUAUUACUGUCCGGAACACUUUUAAAUGGUUUGGUGGAAGUAGAAGUGAAAUUAAUGCUGUUCAUAUGGAAGUAUUAACAGUUCAGGUUGAGGACAUCAAUCUAAAUGUUGGCACUAAAGGUGAGUUAGGUGAAAGCAUAAUUCAAGAUGUGAAUGGAGUUUCGGUUGUGAUUCAAAGGUCACUUCGAGACUUGUUGCAUCAAAUACCCAGUAUUGAGGUUAUAAUCAAGAUGGAGAAAUUGAAAGCAGCUUUGUCAAACAGGGAAUAUCAGAUUAUCACGGAUUGUGCACAGUCUAAUAUUUCUGAAACUCCACAUAUUGUACCCCCAUUGAACCAUUAUUCUAUGACAUCUUCAGUUGAUGUUGAAGAAGACAUCACUCCUCAGGAACCAGAUGGUAUUGAAUCCCAAAGUGCAAGUGGGGGAGCCUGGGUUACGAUGAAAGUCUCUGUUGUUAUCGAUUUGGUUGAAUUGUGCUUACAUGCUGGUGUAGCAAGAGAUGCAUCCCUGGCCACUGUGCAGAUUAGCGGUGCAUGGUUGCUGUACAAGUCAAAUAUACUAGGAGAAGGCUUCCUCUCAGCAACACUAAAGGGUUUCACUGUGUUUGAUGAUCGUGAGGGUACUGAACCAGAGUUUAGGUUGGCAAUAGGAAAGCCUGAGUAUGUUGGUUCAUAUCCUCCAGAUUUUGUUGCUCAUGAUGACCAUCACAUCUCCGGUGCAAAUUUUACAAAAGAGAAUGAUGUCAAAUUAAUUCCUACAAUGCUCAUUCUUGAUGCAAAAUUUUGUCAGCUGUCAACCGUUGUUUCUUUGUGCAUCCAAAGGCCACAACUGCUUGUUGCACUCGAUUUCCUGCUGGGUGUUGCUGAGUUUUUCGUUCCUACCAUCGGCAAUGUGCAGUCAAAUGAAGAACUGCAGAAUUCUGUCCUUGGAAUUGAUGCAGUAAUUUUGGACCAGUCAACUUACAAGCAACCCUCUACUGAAUUCUCUCUUUCUCCUCUAAGACCUUUAAUAGUUGAUGAUGAAGGGCAUGAUCAUUUUGUUUAUGAUGGCAAUGCUGGGACACUGUAUUUGAAAGACAGGCAGGGAUUUAAUCUCUCAGGGCCUAGUACAGAGGCCAUAAUAUAUGUAGGAGAUGGGAAAAGAUUGCAAUUCAAAAAUGUUGUUAUCAUGAAUGGACUGUACUUAGAUUCAUGCAUUUCUAUGGGAACCAACAGUAGCUAUUCAGCUCUGAAGGAAGAUCAGGUCUACUUCGUGGGAGGGAAUAAAGUUCCUAAUUUGAAUUCCCCAACAGAAAAUGUCAAUAAUGUGCCAUCUCAAAGCAUUGCCGUCGACAGGUCGACAGAGUUCAUUAUUGAGUUGCAGUUGGUUGGCCCAGAGCUGACAUUCUAUAAUACGUCUGAAGAUGUUGGGGAAUCCCUUGUGCUCUCCAACCAACUUUUACAUGCACAGUUGGAUGGAUUCUGCAGGCUUGUUUUGAAGGGUGAUACCAUUGAGAUGAAUGCAAAUGUUCUUGGUUUAACAAUGGAGAGUAAUGGAUUCACGAUUCUGGAGCCCUUUGACACCUCUGUAAAAUAUUCCAAUGCUUCUGGAAAGACCAAUAUUCAUCUAAGUGUUUCAGAUGUAUUUAUGAAUUUCUCAUUCAGCAUCCUGAGACUGUUUUUAGCAGUUGAAGAUGAUAUCUUGGCAUUUUUAAGGACAACAUCAAAGAAAAUGACAGUGGUCUGCUCACAGUUUGACAAAAUCGGAACAAUAAAAGAUCCCCACAAUGACCAAACAUAUGCCUUCUGGAGGCCUCAUGCACCUCCUGGUUUUGCUGUUCUUGGGGAUUGUCUGACACCAUUGGACAAGCCACCUACAAAAGCAGUUCUUGCUAUAAAUACCAAUUUUUCUAGAGUCAAGAAACCCAUAUCUUUUAAACUGAUUUGGCCACCUUUACCUUCCGAGGGCUCAUCUGUUCAUGGUGUAAAUGAUUCCGAUUCUUUACCAAAUGACGUCCUUUCUGACGGAGAUUGUUGUUCCAUUUGGUUUCCUGAAGCACCUAAUGGAUAUGUUGCGUUGGGCUGUGUGGUUUCCCCAGGAAGAACACAACCACCACUGUCAGCUGCUUUUUGUAUCUUGGCUUCUUUGGUUUCUUCUUGUUCCUUAAUGGAUUGCGUUGCAAUUAGCACCACAAAUCUAUAUCAGUCAAGUGUAGCAUUCUGGCGUGUGGAUAACUCUGUUGGCACCUUUUUGCCAGCAGAUCCUAGUACUUCUACUGUAAUGGGUGCAGCAUAUGAUUUGCGUCACAUGAUAUUUGGAUUGCCAGAAGCGUCUGUAAAGUCAUCUGAUCGUUUGGAUGUGCAAGCUGCUGCUGCUCAGAGUCACAACCUCCAAUCAGAAGUAUCAGCAUCUGUAAAUUCUGCUCAGCGUUAUGAAGCUGUUGCUAGUUUCCGAUUGAUAUGGUGGAAUCAGAGCUCUAACUCAAGGAAGAAACUGUCCAUAUGGCGUCCAGUUGUCCCUCAUGGGAUGGUAUAUUUUGGUGAUAUUGCAAUCAAAGGGUAUGAGCCUCCAAAUAACUGCAUUGUUCUUCAUGAUACUGGAGACGAAGGGAUCUUCAAAGCCCCUCUUGAUUUCCAACUUGUUGGGCAAAUUAAGAAACAGAGGGGAAUGGAGAGCAUAUCUUUCUGGCUUCCUCAAGCUCCGCCAGGUUUUGUUGCUCUUGGUUGCAUAGCAUGUAAGGGAACACCAAAACAGAGUGAUUUCAGCUCAUUAAGAUGUAUGCGCAGUGAUAUGGUAGCUGGGGAUCAAUUUUUUGAGGAAAGUGUAUGGGAUACAUCUGAUGGCAAGCUUACAAGAGAUUCAUUUAGUAUAUGGGCAGUUAGCAAUGAGUUGGGGACCUUUAUAGUUCGUGGUGGAUUCAAGAAACCUCCAAGAAGGUUUGCUUUAAAGUUGGCUGACUCACAUGUACCAAGUGGCUCAGAUGAUACUGUAAUUGAUGCAGAAUUUAGAACUUUUUCUGCAGCACUUUUUGAUGACUACGGUGGCUUGAUGGUUCCAUUGUUUAAUGUCUCUUUAAGUGGAAUUGGGUUCAGUUUGCAUGGAAGAACAGAAUACUUAAAUUCUACUGUGAGCUUCUCUUUGGCUGCUAGAUCAUAUAACGAUAAGUAUGAAAUUUGGGAGCCUCUUGUUGAGCCAAUGGAUGGAUUCUUAAGGUAUCAAUAUGAUCCCAGUGCUCCAACUGCAGCUUCCCAGUUACGUCUUACCUCUACUAGGGAACUGAACUUGAACGUUUCUGUGUCUAAUGCUAAUAUGAUAAUUCAAGCUUAUGCAAGCUGGAACAGUCUUAUUCAUGUUAAUGAAUAUCAUAGAAAAAGGGAAGCAUCCUCCCCAACAGAUGGUGGAGUAUCUGUUAUUGACGUCCAUCACAGGAGAAACUACUAUAUAAUUCCACAAAACAAACUUGGUCAGGAUAUCUAUAUUCGAGCUACUGAAUUAAGGGGACUCGCAAACAUAAUUAAGAUGCCAUCUGGGGAUAUGAGACCUCUAAAAGUUCCUGUUUCCAAGAAUAUGUUGGACUCUCACUUGAAGGGAAAUUUUUUCCGUAAAGUUAGAAGAAUGGUGACUCUUAUCAUAGUGGAUGGGCAGUUCCCACAGGGCAGAGGGUUGACAUCCCCCCAGUAUACCAUAGCAAUCCGCCUCAGUCCUGACCCGAGUCUCCCUAGUGAAUCACUGAGCCAUCAACAAAGUGCACGCACUUGUGGAAGUAGCUCGGAACAUUUAUCUUCAGAGCUUGAGUUGGUCAAGUGGAAUGAAAUUUUUUUCUUUAAAGUUGAUGAUCCAGAUUACUACUCGGUGGAAUUAAUUGUCACGGAGCUGGGGAAAGGGGUCCCUCUUGGAUUCUUUUCAGCCCCUCUAAAGCAGAUUGCAGGGAAUAUCCAUGAUGAUUCAUACGCAUAUGAUAGUGUGAACAAAUGGACCUGGGUUGAAUUAUCCUCAACAAAUUCUACGGGAAAUAACGGUGAAACGUCGAGUGGUAGAAUAAGAUGUGCUGUGCUCUUGUCACCAAGAUCUGAAGCUGAGAUAAGUGAUCAAUCAGAUAACAGUAACAGAAAAUCUGGAUUUAUUCAGAUCAGUCCAAGCAAAGAAGGACCGUGGACUACUGUGAGGUUGAACUAUGCUGCACCAGCUGCCUGUUGGCGGUUAGGGAAUGAUGUUGUUGCUAGUGAAGUACAUGUGAAGGAUGGCAACCGAUUUGUCAAUAUUAGGUCUCUUGUUUCGGUACGUAACAGUACGGAUUUUGUACUUGAUUUGUGCCUUGCAUCAAAAAUUUCCAUGGAAGAGACGAUGUCAACAAAUAAUGAAAGUACCCCUGAAGAAAUACAUAUUGGAAUUUUGAAACCUGGAGAUACGAUAUCCCUUCCUCUCUCUGGGUUAGCACAACCUGGAAUGUAUGUCUUGCGUUUAAGGCCGUCCAAUCUCAGCAAUCCUAUUGAAUUUUCUUGGAGUUCAGUGGUGGAUGGGUCUGAACAAGCAGAGGAUUCUAGUAAGUCAAAACUAUGUUCCGGGAUAAGUGUGUCAUCUCUUACUGAGUCAGAGGAACUGUUGUAUUGCACCCAGAUAAGUGGUACUUCUUCAAGUGUUCUGCAUAAGUUGUGGUUUUGUAUGAGUGUACAAGCAACAGAAAUUGCAAAAGACAUUCAUUCUGAUCCUAUCCAGGAUUGGAAUCUUGUAAUCAAGUCCCCGUUAUGCGUCUCCAAUUUUAUUCCACUUGCUGCUGAAUUUUCUGUUCUUGAGAUGCAAGAAAGUGGUAACUUUGUUGCCUGCUCCAGAGGAGUGUUUUUUCCAGGAAAAACUGUCGAUGUUUAUAAUGCUGACAUAAGAAAGCCUUUGUUUUUUUCACUGCUUCCACAAAGAGGGUGGCUGCCCAUACAUGAGGCUGUUCUUUUAUCACAUCCUCAUGAAGUUCCGUCAAAAACCAUAAGUCUGAGAAGUUCAAUAUCUGGAAGGAUUGUUCAAAUCAUUCUUGAACAGAACUCUAACCAAGAACGACCACUGCAGGCUAAGCUUGUUAGAGUCUAUGCUCCUUAUUGGUAUUCAAUUGCUAGGUGUCCCCCUCUCACAUUUAGGCUUCUAGAUAUAAAAGGAAAGAAACAUACACGCAAGGUUGGUGGUCCACUUGAAUCUAAAAAGAAAAAUGAAGCUAUCCUAGAGGAAAUAACUGAAGAGGAAAUAUAUGAAGGCAAUACAAUUGCUUCAGCUUUGAACUUUAAAAUGUUGGGCCUUGCGGUGUCCAUUGAUCAAUCUGGCAUGGAGCAGUUUGGACCUGUUAAAGAUCUUUCACCCCUUGGUGACAUGGAUGGGUCACUGGAUCUCUAUGCUUAUGAUGGUGAAGGCAAUUGCAUGAGGCUUUUUAUUACAACGAAACCAUGCCUAUAUCAAUCUGUUCCCACAAAGGUAAUUUCUGUGCGACCAUAUAUGACUUUUACCAACAGACUUGGUCAGGACAUAUCUAUUAAGUUGUGCAAUGAAGAUGAACCAAAGGUCCUUCGAGCAACUGAUUCAAGAGUCUCAUUUGUACAUCGUAAAUCAGAUGGACCUGAUAAACUUCAGGUUCGAUUAGAAGACACCGACUGGUCAUUUCCCGUUCAAAUUGUAAAGGAGGACACUAUAUCUCUUGUUUUGAGGAAGCAUUGUGGUACUAGGACAUUUUUGAGAACAGAAAUUCGGGGCUAUGAAGAAGGCUCACGUUUCAUCGUUCUGUUCCGCCUUGGAUCAACCAAUGGUCCUAUCAGAAUCGAGAACAGAACAGACAGCAAAACAAUUAGCAUUCGUCAAUCGGGUUUUGGUGAAGAUGCCUGGAUUCCCAUAGCACCUCUUUCGACAACAAAUUUUUCAUGGGAGGAUCCUUAUGGCCAAAAAUUCAUACAAGCUAAGGUUGACAGUGAGCUCGAAAUUGGACCUUGGGAACUUGAUUUGGAAAGGACUGGGAUAUGUUAUACAGAGGAGGGACUUGGAUUACAAUUUCAUGUUAUAGAAACCAGUGAUAUCAAGGUAGCAAGGUUCACAAACGCCACAACUUCAGGGACAAGUUCACAUCAGCAACUUGCUGGAAAUUGGGGGCAUUCCCACAUGCCAAACACCAUUCAAAAUAAUGGUGCCACACCUGUGGAGCUUAUAAUUGAGUUUGGAGUUGUCGGGGUCUCUAUUAUAGACCAUAGACCAAAAGAGGUGUCCUACUUGUAUUUUGAGAGAGUCUUCAUAUCAUAUUCAACUGGUUAUGAUGGUGGGACAACGGCCAGGUUCAAGCUCAUAUUGGGCCAUUUGCAGUUGGAUAACCAGCUUCCUCUAACAUUGAUGCCAGUGUUGUUGGCUCCUGAAAUGAACUCUGACUUGCAUCAUCCAGUGUUCAAGAUGACAAUAACAAUGCGUAAUGAAAAUAUUGAUGGAAUCCAGGUGUACCCCUAUGUUUAUAUACGGGUAACCGAGAAGUGUUGGAGGCUUAAUAUUCAUGAACCAAUAAUUUGGGCAUUGGUGGAUUUCUACAAUAAUCUACAGUUAGAUCGUGUACCUAAAAGUUCUAGUGUCACCGAAGUUGAUCCUGAAUUACGCAUUGACCUAAUAGAUGUUUCAGAAGUUAGGCUGAAGGUCGCAUUGGAGACAGCGCCGGCUGAAAGACCUCAUGGGGUUCUAGGGGUGUGGAGUCCCAUACUAUCAGCUGUCGGAAAUGCGUUCAAGAUUCAGGUGCAUCUUAGAAGGGUGAUGCAUCGAGACAGAUUCAUGCGGAAGAGUUCCAUUGUUUCUGCCAUUGGUAACCGUAUUUGGAGAGAUCUGAUCCAUAAUCCUUUACAUUUGAUAUUUGCGGUUGAUGUACUUGGUAUGACAAGUUCAACUUUGGCAUCUCUUAGUAAAGGGUUUGCAGAGUUGUCAACUGAUGGACAAUUUAUGCAACUACGUUCGAAGCAGGUAUCAUCAAGGAGAAUAACUGGGGUGGGUGAUGGAAUUAUGCAAGGUACAGAAGCAUUUGUGCAAGGUGUUGCUUUUGGGGUGUCUGGAGUAGUGAAAAAACCUGUAGAGAGUGCUAGACAGAAUGGAUUUUUAGGACUUGUUCAUGGACUUGGACGUGCUUUCGUGGGAGUGAUAGUGCAACCAGUCAGUGGGGCAUUAGACUUCUUCUCAAUGACUGUUGAUGGAAUUGGAGCAAGUUGUUCCAAAUGCUUAGAGGUUUUUAAUAGCAAAACAACCUUCCAGAGAAUUAGAAAUCCCCGAGCUUUCAGGGCCGAUGCUGUACUCACAGAGUAUUGUGAGAGAGAAGCUGUUGGGCAGAUGAUUUUAUACCUUGCAGAAGCACAUCGGCAUUUUGGUUGUACUGAAAUAUUCAAGGAGCCCUCAAAGUUUGCUUGGUCCGAUUAUUAUGACGAUCAUUUUGUUGUGCCUUACCAACGAAUUGUUUUAGUGACCAAUAAGCGAGUCAUGCUGCUUCAGUGUUUGGCUCCAGACAAAAUGGAUAAGAAACCUUGCAAGAUCAUGUGGGAUGUACCUUGGGAAGAGCUUAUGGCCGUGGAGUUGGCAAAAGCAGGCUGCAAUCAGCCAUCUCAUUUGAUCCUCCACCUCAAAAAUUUUAGGAGAUCAGAAAAUUUUGUACGGGUUAUAAAGUGCAGUGUUGAAGAAGAAACUGAGAGACGAGAACCCCAAGCUGUUAGGAUCUGUUCUGUAGUACGUAAGAUGUGGAAAGCAUAUCAGUCCGACAUGAAAAGCAUAAUUCUGAAGGUUCCAUCAAGCCAGCGACAUGUGUACUUUUCUUGGUCUGAAGCUGAUGGGAGAGAACAUCGUUUACCGGACAAGGCCAUUACCAGGCUGAGAGAGCUCCCAUCAGACAGUUCUGCAUUGGAUGGUAGGAGAUUUGUUAAACACAGUAUUAACUUUUCAAAGAUUUGGAGCAGUGAACAAGAAUCCAGAGGCCGAUGCACAUUGUGCAGAAAGCAGGUUUCAGGAGAUGGUGGAAUCUGUAGCAUUUGGAGACCCAUUUGUCCAGACGGGUAUGUCUCCAUCGGUGAUAUUGCUCACAUUGGCAGCCAUCCUCCAAACGUUGCCGCAGUUUACCGUAAGGUUGACAGAUUGUUUGCACCUCCAGUUGGUUAUGACCUGGUAUGGAGGAACUGCAUUGAUGACUACACAACACCGAUAUCGAUUUGGCAUCCUCGGGCCCCGGAGGGAUAUGUAUCUCCUGGAUGCAUUGCGGUGGCUAGAUUUGUUGAACCCGAACAUGAUGUAGUGUACUGCAUAGCUGAAUCACUUGCUGAAGAGACGGAUUUUGAAGAGCAAAAGAUUUGGUCGGCUCCAGAUUCUUACCCGUGGGCGUGCCACGUUUAUCAAGUCCACAGCGAUGCUCUUCACUUUGUGGCUCUAAGACAAGCCAAGGAAGAAUCUGACUGGAAACCUAUGAGGGUUCUUGAUGAUCCUCAGCCUUUAUUGGACUCACUAAAAGAGACCUGAAAUGUGGGUUUAUAUUGCAAGGCCUUACCAAAUUUUGCUAGUUAAAUUUCAACCAAAAAGGAAAGGAAAAAAAAGGGUUUUGAUCAUACAUCAAAUUCUGAGUGUAUAGUACUGUAUAGCAUGUCUUCUCUCUUGUUAUAGUUUUUUAUGCAAUUUGCAUCUGAUAGUUGAGGCAGCUUGUAUCACUAUGAUGUCUCUCUAUAAUCCACUGGGGGCUGGAAGCUGGCCCACACAUAAAUGUGAGUGGUUCGCCCGUGCUAAGUGUCAAUACAAAGCCUUGUAUGGCAACCACCAAAUUUGCCGACA